AUGGAGGUCAAAGAGGACUCAAAAAUAUCUUCUAUGAAAGAGGUGGUUGCGCGGGAGACUGCCCUGUUACUGGAGCAACAAAAACGACUUUCAGUUCGUGAUCUUGCCAGCAAAUUUGAGAAAGGGUUAGCUGCUGCUGCUAAGUUGUCUGAUGAGGCGAGACUCAAAGAGGCAGCUUCGUUGGAGAAACACGUGCUUCUAAAGAAGCUCAGAGAUGCUCUUGAAGCAUUGAGAGGACGUGUAGCUGGUAAAAACAAAGAUGACGUCGAGGAAGCUAUUGUUAUGGUUGAAGCUUUAGCAGUUCAGUUAACUCAGAGGGAAGGAGAACUGAUUCAAGAAAAGGACGAAGUGAAAAAGCUUGCUACUUUUCUCAAGCAGGCUUCGCAAGAUGCUAAAAAACUUGUUGACGAAGAAAGGGCUUUUGCACGGGCUGAAAUUGAGAAUGCUAGAGCAGCAGUCCAGAGAGUGGAAGAGGCUCUUCAGGAACAUGAACGAAUGUCACGAGCUUUAGGGAAGCAGGAUCUGGAAGAAUUAAUGAAAGAUGUGCAUGAGGCUAGACGGAUCAGAAUGCUGCAUAAGCCUAGUAAGGUCAUGGACAUGGAACACGAGCUUCAAGCAUUAAGGAUUCAACUUGCUGAGAAAUCAAAGCAUUACCUAAAGCUACAGAAAGAGGCGGCGAUGAGCAAGAAGGGCAAGGAAAAUACCCCUUACUUGUAUGAAAUAGAUGGUGCAGAGGCAUUGGGUUCAUAUUUAGUGAUAUAUCGUUGUUCUGAUAGAGCUCCAGAAAUUUCGGAAUGUAGUAUUCAAUGGUACCGUUCAACCUCGGAAGGUGGCAGAAAGGAGCUUAUAUCAGGGGCCACCAAAUCUGUUUAUGCUCCCGAGCCUUUUGAUGUUGGACGAUUUCUAGAGGUUGUUAUUAUGACGGAUGGUCAAACAAUAACAGUAAGAACCACUGCUCCAAUCGAUCCAGCGGCUGGAUUGGGGAACUAUGUAGAAGCAUUGGUUCGAAGGCAUGACACCGAAUUCAAUGUAGUUAUUAUCCAGAUUAAUGGGGUGGAUAACCAGUCGCAGUCUAUCCAUGUACUGCAUGUGGGGAAGAUGAGAAUGAAACUUUGCAAAGGAAAGACGACAGUGGCAAAAGAAUACUAUUCCAAUUUAAUGCAGCUUUGUGGAGUUCGAGGUGGUGGGAAUGCGGCAGCUCAGGCAGUAUAUUGGCAAGCAAAGGACGGGCAGUCCUUCGUCUUAGCAUUUGAAUCAGAGAGAGAAAGAAAUGCAGCUAUUAUGCUGGCAAGAAGAUUUGCGUUUGACUGUAAUAUUAUGCUUGCUGGGCCAGAUGAUAGAGCUGCUACAGGAACUUAA